UGGCCUAUCGCGGUUUUCCGUUGCACGAAAUAAAGUGUGCAACUGCUAGUUUCAUAAUUUUGUAUUCUGAGAACACUUCAACUAUCUUAAUUCAGCCGAUUCAAAAUAAUAUCAGCUUGUCAUCUGUACUCUUGUGCACCAACUCGACACUAGCUUGCCAACCAGCGACUGAUGCAGCAAAUGGAUCAAACAGUACUGUGGCCGUAACACGACUUUCUUUAUUGGAAUUGGGAUGGAGGGUAGAAAGACUGGGAACUUAUCAACUUUCAUGUUAACUUCCACUUGGAAAUAAAUAAGUACUAUUGAGAGACUUCUUUUUGCAGCAGAUUCACAGCAAUGGAAGAGGCCGAGCCACAAACUUUCCCUGACACAUUCAUAGCAAUUCUGAAAGAACUUCAACUGAUUAAAAAAAUGCAAGAAAAUGUAGCCAAUUAUAGCGAUCCCUCGCCAAACAAUGACAACAAAACUAGCCAAGAAAUGGACACCCUCCUAACAAAUAUAGAGGCAGAAUUCUAUGGCACAACGAGAGAGGCCUUGCCUAUAUCACCUGGCUUUAGAAGGCGUAGUAGAAAGCAAAACAAAGAAGACAUCUCUAGAAUAGACGUAGUGAAGGCAGAAGAAGAGGAAAUUCUGGAGGAGCUGAAAAAAGAGCAGUGCCGAGGGUUUCUGGAGAGCUUUUGCGCAGUGCUGCCGGAUUUUACGCCGAGCGAUGCGUUUUUUAGAGAGAGGGCGGAUUUAGGGCACAAUCUGGAGGUGUGCAAGCGGCUGGCGGGACGAGUGGGGCGGUUUAUGAGAGAAAAGGCGGUUGAAUUAGAGAGGGAAACUGCAGAGGUUGAACGAUUGGAGGAGGAAGUGAGGAGAGAGAGGGAAGUAACGGAGGAGCUAAUGAAAGAGGUGGUUGCAUUGGACCGGAAGCUGGAUAUUGUUGUUGCUGCUGCUUCAAAGGGAAGCAAAUCCUGUCACCAUUACAUGUUAACCCAAAGGACUGAUUGUUCAUAUUGCUCUGUAAUUCUGGGGGAACUAGGAGAGCAGAAGAGCCAGAUAUUAUCUGACAUUGCGUUGAAAUUUCGUAAGACAGAUGACUUGGUCUCUUCUGAUGUAGUGGCAUUUGCAGAUGCAAAACUUGUACGGGAAAGUAUAACUUCAUCAGGGCAUGUUCCAGAAGGCUUUCUUUUCUCAAACUGUUUAGAGUUAUGUGAAGCUGUGUCUUUGAAGCCUUUACAAAUGCAACUGGAUGCUGUUUGUGAGGAAAUAGAGUUUACGGGUAUCAGAACAAACUCAAAAUUAGAUGGUGCUCCAAAAGUUAAUCAAAUGUCUCAUAACAACAUUUGCAUGGAUUCUAUGAAUGGUCCUGUAUUUACAGAGUGUCACCAGCCUGGCAAUGUAACAAAGGUAAAUGUGCAAAGUGAAAUCAAGGAUAGUGUAGAAACAACAAAACUGGAUGGGAAAGAAAUUAAUGUCAAGCUGACUGAUGAUAAUGUGGAAGUGGAAAAUGGAUGCAAGUUGGGCAAUGGAGAUGGAAAUCAAGAAGAAAAUCGUGCAGCAGAAAGUAAAGAUUACCGGAGACUUAUUUUUAAAGAGAAUGCCAGAGAAUCUAUUGGGUCUGAUGGUUACUCUGAAGAGACAGGAUAUGAUGACAAUUAUUUAAAGUUAAACUACUUGUUAGAGUUGGAAAAUGAAUAUGACAUUAUAGAAAUCAAAUGUGGUUGUACAAGCCUGAAGAAUGUUGAUACGGUUGGUACCUUGAGGAUCAAUAAAUCUGGGCUAUUCGAGAUUUACUGUGAAUGCAUGGAAGGCUGCAAUGGAGGUAAACCUAUGUCACCUGUGGCUUUUAAGACACAUGCUGGUCAUGGUGCCAACCGGAAGUGGACAAAUUCAAUCUGGAUUCUUAUGAAGCAUAAAAAGGUUCAAUUAUCAAAGGUUGAAAUACUAGAACCGUACUGUCAGAAGUACAAAGAAAUCCAGAACAUGGAGAAAAGUAAUUUAGAAAAUAUAAGCAAUUCUUCCCACGCAGACACAUCAAAUCAUGGUAUGGAAGUCAAUGAGAAGCCAAGGCUGAGGCCGAGGAAAAGAGACAACAGCAAUAAUGCUGUUGGCAAUGGAAAACAGAAGCGUUCAAAACUCCGAUACCAUAGGUGGUAUUGUAAAUGUAAUUUUUGUGGAAAUUGACGGUAGGCUCUGUUCAUAGUAUGUUUCAUUUUGAAUUGGACCUCCAAAAUUUACAUUACAGCAGGCUUACUUACCCGAGCCUUUGUGAUUGCCACUUCUGUAUUUGGAAUAAUUAAGAUCAAUAUUUAAACUACAAAAGUAGGUUUAUC